AAAAGUGCGAGGAAUCUGUCACUAAAAUAAUAGUGUUUCUCAGCUCGUACAGUAAACUAGUCUCAAUUACAGAUCGCUACUAAAAAUGAAUUCAAAAUUCUGUUUGUUGUUUUUGCUCGUUGUGUGCAUUGCUGCUUCGGUGUCGGCGAAGCCACAAGGAGGCUCUGGCAGCUGUGGUAAAAAUGAGGAAUUCACAAGCUGCGGCAGCGCGUGCCCACCAAAAUGCGAUGAGCGGAACGGUCCAAACUUUUGCACCCUCCAGUGCAUUGUCGGCUGUCAAUGUAAGCGUGGCUAUGUGUUGAAUAACCAAGGAAGAUGUGUUCUACUAAGGGAUUGUUGAGUGGCUUAAGCAAGUUUCUUUGUGCAUAAGGAAAUAAUUGACGUGGAAAAUUAUGUAAAUUGUUUUUGUUUGCAGUUAUUGGUUACUGAAAUGUGUUAUUUGUGUUAUGAUUUAUAAAAAAAAUGAAUUUAUUGAUGGACUUCAAUAAAAAAAUAUAAAAAAAAAAA